GGAGCAGUGCGAAAGAAGAGCAGAGCAGAGAAGAGAAGCCGCAGAGAGAAGCGGAAGAAGAAGAAGAGAAGAAGAAGAAGAAGCAUGGGGCGCGUGAGAACGAAGACGGUGAAGAAGUCUUCACGGCAAGUGAUCGAGCGUUACUACUCUCGGAUGACGCUAGACUUUCACACGAACAAGAAGCUUCUAGAAGAGGUGGCGAUCAUCCCCUCCAAGAGGCUUCGGAACAAGAUCGCAGGUUUCUCCACCCAUCUCAUGAAGCGCAUCCAGAAGGGUCCUGUUCGCGGCAUCUCGCUCAAGCUGCAAGAGGAGGAGCGUGAGCGCCGCAUGGACUUCGUCCCCGACAUCUCCGCCAUCAACACCGACCACAUCGAGGUCGACAAGGAAACCAUGGAAAUGCUCCACUCCCUCGGUAUCAACGACGUCUCCGGCAUCGUCCAGGUCGACCCUGUCCCUGUCCAACCCACCUUCGCCUUCAACAGGAGGUACUGAUCCCUCCUCUGUCAGUCACACCAAGGAAUUUCGCUUUUGCUUUUAUAUUCAUGCUUUUCGCUUCCUAUUUUUCCUUUAUGUUGUCGGUACUGUCGCUGUUUUAAGUCAGACCCACUUCUAGCUUUUCGAUUAUAUCAAAUUAUAUACCAUCUGUUCUUCCCAAUU